AUGGCCUGGGAGGCCAUGGAUUCCGGUGGGCUUAAUGUAGAAGACGGUGAGAGGGUGCUAGGGGAAAAAUUGGGUAUCAACAGCGACGACGCCUCAAUUAGCAGUGUGAAGUUCACCACCACCCACAAGCUCAAGCGGUUGAUCACUCACGAACAGUACGACGAACUCGAAGAAAGUAUCAUCUUCGACAAGUCUGAUACCAACGGUUUGGUUUUUCCUCACUAUGAUGCUCUUGUUAUCACUUUACGCAUAUUAGAUACAGAUGUAAGACAAAUUGUGGUGGACGACGGGAGCGGCGCGUGCAUUAUUCAACCUCGAGUACUUGCACAUAUGAGACUCGAGGAUAAGAUAGUACCACGCUGCAUCACACUAACCGAUUUUAACAAUGCAGUUGAGAGAACCUCUGGAGAAAUCACGCAUCCCGUCAUGGCUGGCGGCGUCACCCUAGAAACCACAUUCCAUACCAUGGACCAGGACACGGCAUACAAUGCCAUAAUAGGUCGGCCUUGGAUACACGCCAUUAAGGCUAUUCCCUCCGACUUGCACCAAAGCAUCCAAUUUCCCACCCCAUGGGGAAUACACAAUAUUCGAGGAGAAUAA